AUGUUUCGCUAUUUUUACAUCGAAAAUGUGCAACAGCGUCGAUCAGUGACGAUAUCAGCUGCAGCAGCUCUCGCUCAAGCUGACCGUGGUCACCCGCCAGGAGCAGCAUUACAUUGGACCAACUGCUACAACGUGACACCGGAGCCGCCGCAGCAGAGGCUCAUCACCAGGACCAUUUCCGUGCCGCAGCUGACCGGCCUGCCCUACCAAGGGCGUGAUGCAGCGGUUUAUGCCUCCCAUGGCAAGCUGGUGACAACCAAUAGUCCGCUGCCGCACGUCUUGCCAUUGGGCAACAUCACCAGCUCUGGGAGCAAUCUGGAGCACGGAAACUCGCCAACGGACAUUACCACGGUCACCCUAUUAACGGCAGCCAUCGAGCGGGACCCAGAGGGCGGCCCGUUGCGUCGAGCAGAAGAUCCAGCAGGAGCUGCAGGACCUCAAGCCCUGGAGCGCUUGCGCAAGAUUAACAGGCAGAAAACACUGAAGGUUUCGCUGGAAAAGCUCCAGCUCAGCACAGAUUCUGAUGACUCUGGCAUCGCGGCCUUCUCGCAGAGCAACAAGCACCUUCAGUCCAAGCAACAGUAGGAACAGCUGCUCUAGCUGACUAUGGUCACCCGCCAGGAGCAGGGUUACAUUGGACCCAACUGCCUCAACAUGACACCGAAGCCGCCGCAGUAGGAGCUCAUUACCAGGACCAUUUCCACUCCGCAGCUAAGCGGCCUGCCCCAGAAGCGUCAGUGGUGCCUUCUGGCCUUCGGUGUUGCCUCUACCAGGGGCGUGAUGCAGCGGUUUAUGCCUCCCGUGGCAAACUGGUAACACCCAAUAGUCCGCUACCACCCGUCUCGCCAUGGGGCAACAGAAGCAGCCUAGGGAGCAAUCAGAAUGGAAGUCAGCAGCAACAACACCAACAGCAACACCCUCAAGCUAAACCGUGCGCU